UCUCAGGCAGCGCAGAGCUCUCCUGUGCACACACGGAUAUACCCGGGGACAAGCGAAAACAUCGCAAUCAAGAGGACAGAAAGCUGGACCCCACUUCACAUGCUCUCCUAGGGGAAGGGAGGUGGAAACUUCUGGAUCCCACGGCCUGUCUCGCUCUAACUGGGCUGGGCAGGGCUGCGUUUGAAGUUUUUACCCUCCUCCUGCCUGUUGUGAUUGCUCCCUCUUCCUGGUUUCCCAGGGAGAUUAUUCAGAGGCAUGCUCACUCUGUGUGAAACUCCCUCUACACCGGCGGGAUCAUUACGUGGAUCAGCACCGCUCGGCUACAUUUCGGACACCCGAAAAACACAUUUCCUGGCCACUGAAGCGUGAAUUAAGGGAAAGACUUUUGUUUAAAAUGCCAAUAUUGCUGCCUGGAGAAAAUCUAUUAGUGUCUAUUUGUGUGCUGCCAAAAGGAUUACAAGAAACCAGGGCCUAUCAUUGCAGCCCUCUUGGGCAGAGUAAGAAGGCCCAGGGGAUUUGUAGUGACAAAGGGCUUUUGUUUACUGGACCCGCUGAAAUUGGACCAGAGGCUGGUUGAAGUGCCUGUAAAGGUGUAGAGAUGACCUUUGUCAAAAGACUGAAUACUCACUCUGUACUGGAUUAACCUCCUCUUGCCAGGCUACAGUUUUGUAAAAAUCAGCAUAUCAGAUUUGUCAAUAACGGUCUUCAUGACAAAAGAAACAUAAUUAUGAGAUGCACUGCUAUGAUUUAAUGUGAUUUGGUGAUUUAAAGCAGCCUCUGAAUUGGUUUUUAGAAAAAUGGCAAAUGCAGACAAUGACCCAGAUGCCGAGGAGAAAUUUCCCCCUGGCUCAUUUUUCAGUAGAAUCACGGGCAUGUUUUCAGGAGCUGGGAUGGAGAAAUUGGAAACACAGAAUCAGACGGAGGAGAGUGCGGUGCUCACGUCUUUCCGGAACCUGUCCAAUGAGCAAGAUGACACUGAAAACAAUAGUAGCCCGGUCAGCAAUGGUGAUGAUGGCCUAAACAAAAUUGACACGGGCCAAGAUACGGAAGGGGAGCAUCAGAAUAGUGAGGUAUCUGAGACAGAGAGUGACGAAGUAUUUGAGCCCUGUAGGAGUGGGGAUGAGUCUUCUCCCAAAUUGCGAGUGGAUGGGCCAAUCCCCACUCCGAAAACGCCAGAUUCUCAUUUGGUCCAGGUGACCAUGGUGGAGACCUACAGUGACACGGAGACGGAGGAUGAGGAGGGGAAUAGCAGCUUGAACCAAUUAGUAGAGUGCGUUUCCCCCAGUGAGAUCCACCCUCCUGAGGAAGAUGAGCCCACGGCAGGCCUUAACGAAGAUCAGCUGCUGGGCUCUGAAGGUGAUUCGAUUGAGUGGGACAUAGAGGUUCCUGUCUUCAGGCCUCACUCUCUUCAGCAUAAAUCAGUUACAGAUGGCUCUGACCCUCAACAGAUGCCAGAUAGCGCAGAACGUGACAGUCAAGAGGAUCCCACCGUGCCUUCCUGUGAGACCGAACAAGUGCCUGCCGUUGACUGCAGGCCUGACGCAGGUCCAGAUCUCUGCAGCCCAGACGCUACCCCGGACGCAAUGGGCCUCCAGUUUUCUUCACACGCCAGUGCUUGUGACACAUCCACCGACCGUUCACCUCGCGACCACGACGUCAAGGAUGUCUCCGCAAUCUACCGUGUGCAUUCUGGAGAUCACUCUUCAGACACGGGUUCCACCGUCAUACGCACCCCAUCAGACCUCCUGCUCACCCCUGCCCUGAUGGAGGCUGUGUCUGAGGGGUUGGAGGAGGACCCAGGAAGUGUAUCGCCCCACCACAGCCAAGCAACGUCAGGAGUAUCUGAGUGUCCAUUCCCUGCAGAUGACCAGACAGGUUUCAGUGAACCUCCAGGUGCCACAGAGACGGAGAAGGUGACCUCCCCCAGCCUGAACGAGCAGCCUGACCACAAGGUUAAGGAAGGCCCUCCAGAGAUGGACACAGCAGAGCCACACAUACAGGAUUCCUCUGCUGAAACCCAGCCAAGUGACAUGCCCUCUGUGCCUGAGAACCAGAAGGAGACGCCUGCUAGCAGGGGGAAGCCUACGAGCACACCCCUGGGGGCCUCCUCACGGAGCACGUCCUUCCAGCUGCCUGCCCUCUUCAGCGGGCUGAAGGUGCUGAAGAAGGGGGCCGUGGGUGAGGAACGGGAGACCGUGUCUGAGAUCAAGCACAGAGACACGGAUCUGGCUCUGCUCAGUCUGAAAAAGCCGGUCAACAAAGCCAAGCUCUUCCCCGAGCAACUGCCCAGCAGGAAACGUCUGGAGCCGAAAGGCUCGCUGAAGCCAAAGGGCAGCCUGCUGGGGCAAUUCACCCAGUUGCUGAAGCUGGACAGUCCAAUAAUCGAGGACAAAGAGGACUCUACAUCAGAGUGCAGGGACAAAAGGGACUCCGAGGAGCAAGAUAAGGGCACUGAGGAGGACACAGAGCCAGCCUCCCCAAAAGAGGAUGCCGGGAAAGCCACAGAGACUCCAUCGGAUGCCUUAAAGUCUCACUCCAGUUUCAAGACCACAAAAAAGAAUUCUGUUGAUUCUGUGGACCUGGAUGCAGUGAAGAGGAAAAUCAGAAAUGACAAGGAGGCGCUGAAAGCCAUCUUUCAAAGAUCUGCUUCUGUUGAAGUUAAAAGCAUAACUGAGUUAAAUACUGAGGUGAUCUCUCCAACAGACAGUGAGGAUCGGACCCCUGGCCGUCUGCAGGCUGUCUGGCCCCCUCCAAAACCCAGAGAUGAGGAAGAGAAGGUGGGCCUUAGGUACACUGAAGCAGAGCACCAGGCUGCCCUACUGCAGCUGAAGAGAGAAUGCAAAGAGGAGGUGGAAAAGCAGCAUGAACAGUUCCAGCUCCAGAUCUUCCAGUUGCGAGGGGAGCAUGCUGUUACAGUGUCAAAGUUGGAGGAAAUCAUUGCCAAGAUGCGGAAAGACCUGGCCUACAACGGGUGUCACGAGCGCGGUGAGGUCCGGGAGGUAUGCGUGUCCACGGAGGACGACCUGCCGCCCAAGACCUUCCGCAACGUGUGCAUCCAGACGGACCGCGAGACCUUCGUCAAGUCGCCCGAAGGUGAGGGCAGCAAGGCCGCCCAAAGCCCCAACCAGAACGUGCCUAAAAAACUCAACCUUGAGUCCAUCAACAUGAGCCUUGCAGGCAAGACGGACGAUGGCUCAGGACCGACCCCGCCUCCUCCUCCUCCUCCACCUCCACCCCCACUACCUGGUGGUUCGUUUGCACCACCACCUCCACCACCACUACCUGGUGGUUCGUUUGCACCACCACCUCCACCCCCAUUGCCCGGCGCUGGGAUUCCUCCCCCACCACCUCCACCUCCAUUGCCUGGUGCUGGAGUCCCACCCCCGCCACCUCUUCCUGGAGCUGGUCCCCCUCCUCCACCUCCUCUCCCAGGGGCAGGGCCCCCUCCUCCCCCACCCAUGCCAGGGUUUGGACCUCCUCCCCCGCCUCCUCCCCCCGGAGGGCUGGCUUUCAGCCGCCCGGAGGAGAAAGCCCCGCGGAAGCCAGCUGUGGAGCCAGCAUGCCCCAUGAAACCAUUGUACUGGACAAGAAUUCAGAUCCAAGGCAACAGGGAUGGAAAAGCAAGUAAUAACACGCUCUGGGGCUCUCUUGAAGAGCCAAAUAUCGUCGACGCACAAGAGUUUGAGGACCUCUUUUCUAAAACAACGCUGCAACCAAAGAAGAAGCCCCUGUCAGACACCUUUGAGAAGAAAGUGAAGGCCAAGAAGAUUAAACUGCUGGACGGAAAGCGGUCUCAGGCAGUGGGGAUCCUGAUUUCUAGUCUGCAUCUGGAGAUGAAGGACAUUCAGCAAGCUGUUUUGACUGUGGACAACUCUGUGGUGGACCUGGAGACCAUUGAGGCUUUGUAUGAAAAUAGAGCCCAAAGCGAUGAGCUAGAGAGAAUCAAGAAACAUUUUGAUACUUGCAAAGAGGAUGAAGUCAAGCUGCUAGACAAACCUGAACAGUUUCUGUACGAGCUCUCUCAGAUUCCUGAUUUCGCCGGGCGGGCCCAGUGCAUCAUAUUCCAGUCUGUCUUCUUCGACGGGAUAUCUUCCAUCAGCCGCAAAGUGGAGAUGGUUUCUCGCGUGUGCAAGGGUCUUCUGGAUCAUGACACUGUGAAGCAGGUGAUUGGGCUGAUUCUGGCCUUCGGGAACUACAUGAACGGCGGGAACAGGACCAGGGGCCAGGCCGACGGCUUCGGCCUGGAUAUCCUGCCCAAACUGAAGGAUGUCAAGAGCAGGGACAAUCGUAUCAGUUUGGUGGACUACGUGGUGUCAUACUAUCUCCGCAACUUUGACAAGAAUGCAGGGACAGACAAGAGUGUCUUCCCUCUGCCUGAGCCACAGGACCUCUUCCUGGCUGCCCAAGUGAAGUUUGAUGACCUGGAGAAGGACAUCAGGAAGCUCAAGAGGGAUCUGACAGCUUGUGAAAAGAAUGUGGAGAAGGUGUGUGCAAACUCCUCGGAGGAGCACCUCCAGCCGUUCAAGGAGAAAAUGGAAGCUUUCAUCUCAACCGCACAAAACGAACACAGCGCAGAAGACGACCAUCUCAAAGCUGCACAGAAAAGCUUCCAGGACACGGUGAACUACUUCGGUGUGAAGCCCAAGUCUGGGGAGAAGGAGGUAGCGCCCAGCAGCGUCUUCAUGCUGUGGUACGAGUUCUGCAGCGACUUCAAGAACACUUGGAAGCAGGAAAGCAAAAACAUCUCCAAGGAGAGGCUAAAGGAGGCUCAGCAGACUGUGAAGAAGAUCACUGCAGAGAAGAAAGUGGAGACUAAGAAGAUCAACCCCAAAAGUCUGAAAGAGCGACUUCGACAGAAGGAAGCAGGUGUGCCCUCCAGCUAGCUAAGAGAGACAGAAGAGUGAAGAAAGAAAUAAAGAAAGUUGUGUGUUUCACCUCCAGCUAUAUAAUCCUCACCUUGGAUAUCCUCUGGACAUCAUACCUCAGUUCUCACUUUGCCUCAGUGCCAAGACCUUACUACUUCCUGUCCUACUGUCCAGAACUAGUACUUACAGUUUAUAAGGGGGCCAGAUGAGACAGGAGCCAUCUCUGCUUUUUUGGAGUGGAAGAUACUUACCAUUCUGUUAAGAGUCAGAGAAGGUAGAAGUCCAAGACAGUGACGUGAAUGCUUGGAUAUCCAGUAUCCUAUAACCAGUGUGUCACAUCAAGAAUGGGUCUCAUUUUAACGGCAUCUCUGUGGCUGGUCUGUGAGGAUGUAGCAACACAAUGUUGAGACUGCUUAAACACGAGGUAUAUAUGAAAAAAAAGGUCACUUGUGUUCUCAUAUGCCUAGUAAAUGUGGAAGCACUUUCUUCUAGACAUUGGAAUUGAUCUUUCUUGAACUCAAUCAAAUGCAUUAUAGUUCUGUUAUAUGUAGCAUACAAAGAUGAAAUGGUUUUAACUCAAACUCACUACUUACAUACAUAAUCAGAUGAAGAACUGACGCAAAACAAACAAUUAAAACAUGUCAUUCAUUAUCUAUAAUGUAUGGGCCAGAAAAAAUGUUUUACAAUAUCAAAGCAAAUCCACGUUUAUUUUUUCAGCACACGUGGAUCAUCAUCGGUUCAUCCCUUAUGUUGGCAGAUUCUGCCAAAUUUGUUAAUUAAGCAUGUUCCAGGAUGAAAGAUUUAUAUCAUAAUUAAGAAGAAAUUCCCACCAUUUUGGACUGACAGUUAUUGAGACAGACUACGAUGGCAAGAUAAACAUGGUUUUAUGUGAACUACAGGGACCCUUUCAGGGGAAGGUCAGGCAAUGCUAGAUGAUGACACCUGUCUUUGAAGACUAUUCCUUUAAAUUGUUCAGGCGGACUAGGUGCUUCACGGACUGGUUUGAGUACAAUUUUGGUUCUAAUUGAAAGUACUUGAGUGUUCCACUGAGUUUGCAUUCUUGUGUGUAUAUAAAAUGCAUAGAUAUUCUUAUAGAAUCCUUCUUGAAUAAAUGGAUAUUACAUGUUAUGAGAUAUGAGAAUAUGCAUCACAAUCCUAAGCACUUUCCUGCUUGCAACAGCUUUACUUGCUAUGCCACUCUGCAGCCGAAAUGGUAGUGGUUCAGAUAUAUUGCACUUUUUUUAAACCUCUGUUUUAAUUCCUAUGCAAUAUUUUUCUCACUGUAAGUGUAACAUCUGUGAAUUAUUGAAUGAUGUUAUAAAAACUUAUUGUCCAUUGUACUUUUAGGAAGAAACCAUAUAUAUUUAUUUAAUAAAGCAUUUCUAUUUGAAUUCUGGAUGAAAAUUGAAAGUUGUCGUGGAGAAAAACAAAAAGGUAAUUCAUUAUAAAUUAAUAGGGUUUGAAGUAUAUAUGUACAUAUAAAUUAGAGAUUUAUUUUAUGCCAAAUUGUCUAUUGUAUGGCCAUUGAAGAUGUAUUUUUGUAUUUUAAGUGGAAAAAAUACUCGUGUGAAUAAGGAAUCAAUAUGGUUAAAUUAGAUGAGACAUAUUUUUUCUUAAAGUUGCCACCCCCAUGUAAAACCUGGUUAUAAAUUAAAAUGUGAAAUAUAAAUUGUAAUAAUGGCCUAGCUAUUUACAGAUUCUUUUUUCUCACUUAGAACUUGGAUUGAGUGAUCGCACUCAUGCAAAAAAAGGUUUUAAAUGUGUGUGUGUGUGUGUGUGUGUGUGUGUAUAAUAACCGGUUUGCCCUAUCAAAUGUGGUAGAUGAUCUUUUUGAACUUCAAAUGCAGUACGCUGGCAGAAGAACAUUCAUAUUCAUGUAUGCCUACCCAUUUUUAUUUUGUUUAUCAUGAAAAUCAAAAUGUAUGAUUAGCUCUGAAUAUGGAUGUUGUAAAGUAAAUGCAGGGUUGACCAGAUUACUCACUUGUGAAGGAUGGCACCAAUAAAAAUACCCUUAAUGUUCACAA